AUGCCUAGUAAUGAAAUUGGAGGAAGAAUUCCUCUUGUUCGUUUUGUUGAACAUGAAUUUUUUGUAAAGCAUAUUAGACCGCUUCUUGUUCAAAAAGUCUGUAACGCCUUACGUUCAAGAUUUAACGAAAAAGACACUGAUGUAAUAGAUGAAAAAGGUGAGAACUAUGGAAGCUAUGAAGCGUUUAUACAAGGAAAAUGUUCACAAGAAAAAGAAGAGAAACUAGUUAAAUUAUUAAAAACAAACAGUGAAGAAAUGUUAAAUAGCUUUCUAUUAGCGAAAGCUUGGUUAUCUCAUGAACCACUUUACCAUGUCAUGAGUUAUCGUUACAGAGUUGAAUAUGGAUUGUCUAACAAAAGCGAAAAAGAAAUUGCUGUCCCAUUUAAAGGAAAAGAUUUACCAUCGGAAAACUCUGAAUUUAGUCAUCCAGAUGUGAUGAUUGGUUUUACUAUAAUCAGUUAUUUGUAUAGAGGAUUGAGUUUAGAACAAGUCAAAAAAGAAUUGAUUAAACUAAAGUAUGAACAGGAUAAAGACAGGUUAUUAAAACAAUGGGUUCAAGAAAACAAAGAAUGGAUCGGCUUACACAAAGAAUGGACUGACGAACAUCAAGAAUGGAUUGAAGAACACAAUCGGAACGAGAAUGCUACAUUCCCAUCGCUUUUAAACGCUGUUAAAACUAAGUUAUUAAAACACCAGGUUCAAGAAAACAAAGAUUGGAUUGAUAAACACAAUCAGAAAGAGAAUGCCACAUUUCCAUCGUGGUUAAACUCUUUUAAAACACUUGACCUUGAAGAUGAAGAAAGGGUCAAGAAAAUUCAUAUUUACCUUUGUAGGAACUUUGAUUUUGUUGAAUAUUACUUAAGUAGCUUUACGUUUCCGCAUGAUGCUAAGUAUUAUAAAAGAAAACUGACGGGAAAUGCUCACACUUUAGCCGGUGAAGGAGAAACAAAAGGAUUUUCUGGUACUGAUGAUCGUAAUGAUAUAAUGCCAGAAUCGAUUAUUCCAAAAAGGUUGCCUUCUCAGAAAGAAACAAAUGGAAAGAUGUUACAUAUUCUAUCAUGA